CAAGCUGGCUUUACUUUGGGUCAGCCAGAGUGAGUGCACAACUUAGAAGAACUGAGGGUCACAUAAAUUCGGUCUAAGGAUGGCCGCUGUUCAUCGCCUGGUUAUCGUCCGCCACGGGGAGAGCGCCUGGAACCAAGAAAACCGCUUCUGCGGCUGGUUCGAUGCAGACCUCAGCGAGAAGGGAGUGGAGGAGGCUACUAGAGGAGCCAAGGCCAUCAAAGAUGCAGGCAUGAAGUUUGAUAUCUGCUACACCUCUGUGCUAAAACGUGCCGUCAAGACCUUGUGGACCAUCAUGGAAGGCACAGACCAGAUGUGGCUGCCGGUGAUCCGUACAUGGCGUCUCAAUGAGCGCCACUAUGGAGGCCUCACUGGUCUUAACAAGGCAGAGACGGCCGCCAAGCACGGUGAGGAGCAAGUGAAGAUCUGGCGCCGUUCCUUUGACAUCCCACCUCCACCCAUGGACAAGGACCACCCUUACCACUCCAUCAUCAGUGAGUCCAGGCGAUACAAGAACCUGAAGCCCGGUGAGCUGCCUACAUGCGAGUCACUGAAGGACACCAUUGCUCGUGCCCUGCCUUUCUGGAACGAGGUCAUCGCACCUGAAAUCAAAGCCGGAAAAAAUGUUAUCAUUGCAGCCCAUGGCAACAGCUUGCGUGGAAUUGUCAAGCAUCUUGAAGGCAUGUCUGAUGCUGCCAUCAUGGAGCUCAACCUGCCAACGGGAAUUCCUAUCGUGUAUGAACUGGACGCAAACUUGAAACCUGUGAAGCCUAUGGCCUUCCUGGGUGAUGAGGAGACUGUGAGGAAGGCCAUGGAAGCUGUGGCUGCCCAAGGCAAAGUGAAGAAGUGAGCUCCUAAGUGGCAAACCAGAGACUGUCCUUACCUCCUAUCCAAACGUACAUCAAUCUUUGUAGUCCAUUCCAACUCGAAUACACUUGGGUCUUGAAAGCCUCGGGUUUGCGCAAGGAUGGCCUGUCAACUCAAAUUGACAAACAGGCCCACAGCAUACACAACGUCCAGCUCAACAUGUGCACAUCCCUCAGUUGUUUUAAGUUGUGGCUAAACCAACCUGCUGUGUCCCACCACCUUGACACCAACAAUAAAGAAACCAGGUUUU